AUGAGUUUCUGUGUCUCCCUCCGCAUCUCGUUCCAACAUGGCGUCCGUGCGACGUGUCUUGUCGGCUGUCGCCGUCAAUUCUGUCUUCCUCCUGUUGCUAGCAGGGCUGACCGUGCAGGAGGGCGAACAGAAACUGCGUGUUGGGAGUUUGAACCAACCAGGUGGGGCACAGAAGCCACGACGGAAGGCGGCACCUUUGCAGCAGUGGCAGGCAAGGAUACCACCCCAAAAUGUGCCGGUCCAGCAACAACCAAUACAGCAGCAGCAACAAUUACAGGGACAGCAGGCUCUACAGGGGCAGCAAGCCCAAGUUCCGCGGGUCCAGGCAUAUAAUGUCGUACCCCAGCAAAUGUUACAGCAGAAUGCUGCCAUGCAGCCAAAGGUUCCCAACCAGCCAAACAUUGUUCCCCUGCAGCAAAAUCCCGCUGCCAAUCCGCCAAACGUGCUCGCACCUCUUAACAAUGCUGGCCAACAAAAUGCACCACUCGGACAGGUUCAGGGAAUCAAUCAACAGGGAAAUAACUUGGAUCUUGGUGGCGGUGGUGUUGGUGGGUUUGCUGGUGGAUUCAGGGACGGGGGAGAAGAUGUUAGAGAUCAAGGUCAACUCGACCUUCAUCCCCUUCCCGGAAAGGUCGCCGACAUCGUUGAACGAAACAAGAAACUUGUUCAACAGGUCCAGAAUGUGAAGGACGAGGGAAUGCUGCCGGAGGUGCCAAAGAUCCCGCCCAGGGCUCGCAACGACCCCCAGAUGAGGAUGAAGUUGGAUGGAAUCCCGCAGAAGUUGGCGGCACCCGCGGCAGCGAACCAGCGGUCCGGCGGGAAGGGACACAUGCGGAUUGCGGACAACCUUGCUUGUCGGGAAGACGUCCAGCGACUUUGUGCACACAACGUGAGGUCAAACAACUUCGCCAUUCUUGACUGCUUACAAAAUGACCGACCGAAGGAUGAUGACCUAUCACCAGACUGUCACCAUUUUCUGUGGGACUACAAGAGAAACCUAACCAAGGAUAUCCGGUUCGACCAAGCUGCCUAUGAGGUUUGCAAGGAGCCACUUGCUAGGCUACCAGAGUGCAGCAACUUGGAGACAGGGCAGGGUCUAGUUAUCAGCUGUCUCAUGGACCACAAGGGCAACAUCAGCAACCAGCAGUGUCACCAGUUCCUGGUCAAGAUGACCAGUAUCGUGUUCAGCGACUACCGCCUGGUGGAGAACUUUGUCAAUGAUUGCACAGCGGACAUCCAGAAGUUCCAGUGUGGGAGGGUGAUGUCAAGGGAUGACGAGAGUCAAAUUGAUCACACUCAAGGGUAUGUGAUCAACUGUCUUCAGAAAAGAAUUGGAAAAAAGGAUGGUCUUGAGCAAAGCUGCAUGAAACAGGUCCUGAGAAUAGGCGAACUUUCUGCCGAUGACUACCAUGAAGACCGAGCCUUGUACUUUGCCUGUCGGGACGACAGAGAGAGGUUCUGUGAGAAGAUAACGGCAGGAGAGGGGAAGGUCCUCAAGUGUCUGGUGCAGCACAAGUUUGAGCACGACAUGAGUGAUGAUUGUCGGGAAAAGCUGAUAAUACGACAGCGCCUGGUGAGUCAGGAUUACAAGGCGAACUAUGGCCUGGCCAAGAAGUGCAAAGAAGACAUCAAGCACUACCACUGCAGGGUGGAUAACAUGCCUGAGGGGAAAUUUGCCAAGUUAUCCUUCAUCUUACUGUGCCUGGAGAAUGCCAUACAGAAGGGCCGUCAGGUGAGUGGUGACUGUCAGGGGGAGAUGUUUGACAUGCGGCGUCAGCUGAUGUCGGACUUCCAGAUCUCUCCUGAGAUCGUGCUGAACUGCCGAGGUGAGAUCGAAAGCCUGUGCAGUGGUCUGCAGAAGGAGGGGAGGACCAUCCACUGUCUCAUGCAGAACGGCAUGGAUGACUCCAAGACUGGGAAAAACAGGCUCAGCAAGACCUGCAUGAUAGCAGUGCAGUCCCUGGUGAAGGAGGCAGACGCAGGGUUUGACUACAGGAUGGACGUGGCCCUGCAGGACGCCUGUGAACCUGUGGUGCAGACUGCCUGUAAGGACAUCAAACCUGGAGAUGCCAUGAUCCUGUCAUGUCUGAUGGAGCACCUGUACACACCCUCCAUGGUGGAGGAGUGUGAGGAGAAACUGCUGGAGCUACAGUAUUUCAUCUCCAGGGACUGGAGGCUGGACCCACGGAUGUACAGGAAGUGUGCUAAAGAAGCGGAGCGGCUCUGUAACGCAGGCCCAGACUGGAACGACACCAAUGACAACCUUCCGCCAGGAAUUGUCUUCUCUUGUCUCUACAGACAUGUCUACAGGAAAGAUGAAACCAAGCUAAGCCACGCCUGUGCGUUCGAAGUGCGUCGUGUGAUGCACCAGAGAGCGGUGGAUGUGCGACUGAACCCCAUGUUGGAGAAGGCCUGUCUGCGUGACUUGGGGGAGUACUGCUCGGAGAAUGUAGAGAAAGGAGAGGUGGAUAUGUUUGAUGGGGCAACUUUACAGAUACCUCCUGACCAGGAGAUGCACUGUCUCCAGGACAACUUCAGGAACCUGAGCAAGCCCUGCAGAGAGAGAGUGGGCAACUUCACAUCAAUGUCAUCUCAGGACCUGGAUCUGGACAGAAUCUUCAUGAUGUCAUGUGCCCCCAUGAUAAAGAGGUACUGUAAGGACGUUGUUGACAAAGAGGAGGAUGAUGGGGCCUUGCUGCAGUGCCUGAUAGACAACAAGAACGAACAUGAGAUGAACAAGAAAUGUGCAGCGGGCAUCAUGCACAUGCAGCUGAUCCAACUGAAAGACUACAGAUUCAGCUUCAAAUUCAAGGAAGCCUGCAAGUCGGACGUGGUGAAAUACUGCCGCAACAUCAAGAACAAAGCUGACCUUGUGAACUGCCUGAGUGAGAUUGUGAGGAACGACACACUGAUGGAGAACAAACACAGGAUCUCUAAAGACUGUAGGGGACAACUCAGGGUGGAGUUACUGGACAGGGGUGAGGAUGUGCGUCUGGACCCCAAACUGAUGCAGGCGUGUAACAGGGACAUCCAGCAGUUCUGUGACAAGGAGCAGGCUGGCGACGCCCGCAUCCUGGAGUGCCUGAAGAGACACAAGAAGAAGCUGUCCGACGGCUGUCACGUCAAGCUGUUCAACCGCGAGCGGGAGGAGCUGACGGACAACAGCGUGGACUACGGCUUCAUGAGGGACUGUAAACCCAUGGUCAAGCGCUUCUGCCCUCAGUCUGAUCCUAAGGAUGUGUUACACUGCCUCAGGAAAAACAAGAACAAUGAGUUCAUGGAUGAAAGGUGUAAGAAAGCCAUCACACAAAGGCAGAUUGAGCAGGCUGAAGACUACAGACUGGAUGUUGAGCUUCAGAAGAAGUGUAAGAAAGAUGUCCCCAAGUUCUGUAGGGACGUCCUGGCUGAGCCAAGGUCAACAGAAUUAGAGGGGAAGGUCAUCGGCUGCCUCAAGGCCAAAGUGGGCAAAAAUCGGCUGUCCCCGCAGUGUGAGGACCACAUUAAGGACUUGAUGCGGGAGGCAGCCAUCGACUACAGGAUGGAUCCUCAGCUGGCACAGGGGUGUAAAGAAGAGAUGAGCAGAUGGUGCAGCGAGGAGAUGACGAACCCUGACACAGGCAGCGUGGAGGAGUGUCUCAAGAAAAAGUUCUCAGAGAAGAAAAUUACCAGCAAAUUAUGUCAGACGCAAGUGUUACGUUUGCUACAAGAAGGGAAGGCUGACAUCCAUGUAGAUCCACUACUGCACCAGUCCUGUGCACUGGACAUCAAGCACUACUGCGCAGGGAUACCUGCAGGAGAGGGCAGGCAAAUGUCCUGCCUGCUGGAGGCACUGGAAGACAGAACUGUGCGGCUCCAGAGAGACUGUGAGGAGAAACUGAAGAGCAGGGUUGAGAUGUGGGAGUAUGCUGCUAAGGUUGCUCCUCCAGAGACCUUUAACGAGCUCAUGGUACAGAUGUCGGCAUCCCCAGCCAGAAAUUACUUCGUCGGUGUAAUAUGUGGAGCGGUCGUCAUCAUCCUCUGCUUGGGAGUGCUCACAGGCAGAAUGACAAAAAGGGUUCGAGCAGAACUCAAGAACCGGUAGCCCUAGCCCUGCACUGGCCCCCAGUCUUUCACCCUGCAGUUAACAAGGCUCCAAGUGGCUGUGACAUGCUGUGUGGCUCAUGCUCCUUAGCUAUCAGUCCUAAACUUUAUUUCUGUGUAUUUUCCCAUCCUACAGAAUUGACUAUCCCAAAAUCCUGGAGUCCAGUCUUGUUAGCUUUAGUCCUCUUCCAGUGGUUGCUACCCUGUCCACAAAGCAUCUAUAGGUUUGGCAUUUGCAUAUUAGCUUAAAAUCCAUGUGUUAGUUGUGAUUGGCUGUUUGGCACAAGAUUGGCUGGUAGCGAGUUGGAAGUGGAGUAAAGCUAAAAAGACUGGAGUCCAGGCAACUACAUGUAUCUCAUUGCUUACUGCCUGAUGACUGAUAGCUUUGGAUCCAGAGCCACACAGCAACUGUUAUUCAUCAUCACAUUGUACAGAGAUUUGAUGUUAAUGAUGGGAAGAGAUAACUGGUUGGACAGCAAGAUUUUUCAACCUUUCUGCUUGUCAUAAAUCAACAUUAGCUCUCUGUACCGUAGUUGUUUCCUUGUAGUUUUGGUGAAGGGGAAAAUUUACCAGCUGCUGUUUAUGUGCAAACUCCACUAUGCCUGGUGUCAUACACAGCAUGAUAUAGUCAUGUAAGAGAUUUCUGCUCUUGGCUUUACCAUGUUGAUCAUAUUUUCUGUCUUCAGCCUACAUAGUUUCAUUGGCAAGAACACAACACAGGUCAAAAAACUUAACUUUGCAGAACAAUUUUUUUGAAUUUGUUUGACACAGAGGCUUUUGCCUGCUACAUGCAGUAAUACCGUUAAUGACUUAUGAUUCUUUGAUGAUUCUUAAAUAGCAUGUAUAUUUUGUGAUAACAAUAACAACUGCAUUGCUUUCAUCUUUGUUUAGUGAAGUGCCUUCACCUGAGUUGUUUCCUAGAGCAAAAAGAUACAUGUUCGUUAGUUUAAUGUGAAUUUCUGCGGCAUACUGGCUUAAAAAUGUCUGCUUGGCCCUGUUUUGUAGAGUAUUGACUUGAAUGAUUUUAGAAGAGAGAAAACGUGAAAACGAAAAGGAACAAAAAGCAUGCCUCUGCUUUACUCUUCACGUACAGGGGCAAAUGUUAGUAAAUAUGAAAUUUAAAGGUGAAAUGUGGAAUUUUGUUUUCUGUGGCAAUGAAGCAAUUUUGUUUUAUUUUUUCUCAUUUUUGACAAAAGGUGAGGUAUCAGUCAGGUAAAUCAACCCACACAAAAUCUGGUGUUCAACAUUCAACACAAAAUCUUUCAACAUUCAAGUUUGGUUAGACUUGCUGUGCCUUGUAAACCUUCCUAGUGUAUUGAGUUGCUACUGCACUGUUAUUGAGGCUCAGAUUUAGUCUCAAUGGUUCAAAAGGAUGUUCCAUAGACAUUUAGUCCAGUAAGAAGUUGAUCAAACCACACCAAAAAAUGCAAAAAGAAGUGUUGAAGCAACAACCCAACUCUGUCAUGGACAGAAUAUUAUCUUUUGGGUAGCGCAUUUGUAAAAUAUGUUAACUUUGUAGCUUAUUCAUGUCUCAACUUUAAGUUGCACAAGUUGACUUUUCAUACGUUAUAGACAAUUUCUUUUUUGUUUGAAUCCUAUGCAUCGCAAUGAACACUCAUAGUUCCCUUGAUUUACAAAAAACUUGCUCACAUGACGUAAAACCUCUGCCCCAUAUGAGCUCUUAUCAUUUUCAUGUUUGGUUUGAACCACUCUUUGCUGCAUAGCUCGGUUCUAUUCUGUCUAUGGGUAGGAUGCCUCAGUAAAAUAGGUAGCAUAACCAUGUCAAACCUUAGAAUGCCUUCUUAGGUGGAAAAUGUUUGUGUAUGUUGAAGAGCUUUUAAAGAUAAAAUGUAUACAGUUCAGGAGAAAAUGUUGUAUAAUAACAUUUGUUAUCUUGCUGAGGCACACGUAUUGUAUACCAUUGAAGAAGAGAUGACUAUGGAAGUGUCCAGGUGCGUUAUUUUGUGUCCAAGUAUGUUUAUAUUCUACACAGGAGCUAAACUGGCUUUGGCAUCAUAUCAGCUAGGGCAGAUGUCUGUGCUAACAUCUCAUUGACAAUGUUUUGUUUCUACCAUUUCAUCAGUAUUCCUAUAUCACAAUUGUAAGGAAGAUGCUUGCUUUUGAAACAUUACAGAUUCUUUUUAAUGAUGUCAUGCUAUGCCACUCAAGACAACAUUGUAUACAUUAGAAUAUUUGUUAAUGUAAUAAGGAGAAUGCAUCAUUUGAUUUAGAACAUUUGCAUUGGUAGCAUAGUCAUACUUUUAAGUGUAUGGAGCUGAGCAUGCUUGUAUUGGAGGAUUCUAUAUGGAAAAUCUCUGAUAAUGGGAUUGGUACAGAGGCAUGUAGAAAUAUGACAGAUAUGUACAGGAUCCUUUCUUCAAAGACUAUUUUCUUCUUGUGAUGAGAUUUUUUGCCUUGACGAUAUGGAGAAUGUCAGUCAACAAUAUGUGGAGUCUCUAUUCAGGUGUACAUGUAGUAUGAUGUUCCCUGGGGAAGGCAGAGACUAAGGUUAUAGUUUGUUGAAGUAUAGCUGCUAUAAUUCAAGUUUAGUCCAAUAAUACCUAUCAAUGUUAUUACAGACUCGGUACCUUGUAAAUGUUAACAAAAGUUUUUGAAUGUGAUACAGCUGAUAAAAGUCAUUUACUAGCAUUGCCAGGAAAUAUGAUGGCUAAUAUCUAGUACCCUCUGCCCUCCCCAGGGGCCGUGUAGAAACAGGGACUUCAGUAGCAACUUUUCUAGUGUAUGUGCCUAAUUUAGAAUCCUCUGCUGUAUUGUAUCUGAAGAAGAUGACAGGCUUAAUAUUUUGUAUGUAGUCUAGAUGGGAGCUGUCACCUUUAAUACCGCAUUAGUGUCAGGUCAAGAGUUUCCAUUGCUGCUGUUUUGAAAGAUGCCGCUACACUUCCUCUGAAGGCAGGCAUGAUGAAAAGUUAGUUUAUAAAUGGCAGGGACACAUACACAGGCGGGAUAUGUUGUACUUCUCUUGUUCCCUAGUACUAAACCUAUUAUAGCUACUGCUAGUUGGCUGCUGUAGUAAAAUGUGGUGCCAGGGAGAGUGGCAUCUCACUUGACACAUGAGCACAAUCUACUGGCACUUAGUCAUAUUACGACAGCCACCUCUCUUGAUCAGAAAGACCCUCAGGCAAAUAUUGCCACAUUUUGAACUCUUCUAAGGACAGCAGAAGUUCACCAUAUCCAAAAGUUCAUUGUGUAUUUGUGUUUAUCAUGCUGAGGCACAAUCUGGUAGAACUAGCUUGAUGGACAAGCCAUGAGCUGGGACUCGGGUGAUCUGAGAUUGAGUUUUUCACCAGCUGUUUUUGUACAUAGAAACAGAAGCUAGUGAACACUACCACUUCUAAUGGACCAAACAUUUCCCAUAACAUAAUCAUCAAACAAGUGUCUCUUAGCACAUGCCCUGCCUAUUUAGUAUACGAGAUUGCAACUGUCACAUGUACUUCAAGUAAGUAAUGUACCUUCAGAGGAAGUGUGGUAAUUUAGGGCAUGAUUCCAUUCUGUAUGUUCAGUAUUUCAGUUUUUGGUGUUGCUGCCCCCAAACUGUACAUGGUGUAUCUAUUUCUUUGAACAAUAAACUGCCUUUACAAAGUUGCUGAGUACAGCUU